GCCUUUCAGAAGACCGAGCAGUGGGACUCGGACCAUAACAAGCAGUGUGCUGCUGGCUGACGGGCGUAGCGGUGAGGAGCUUACCGAGCCUGUUUCGCUACUCUUCGUGGAGGUGGAAGCGGGACCGUCUUGAGUUUUUUAACCUGCCUUUGUUCACCACCUCCGCGCCUCAGCCGGGAGGAGACGACGACGGUGACCCUUCCGGUCGGCACCUUGUUUUUUAGAGAGGCUGCCAGCAGACACUUCUCGGAGGACACCUGCUGUCAGGACAAUGAGGCUCCCCACACUGCUGUCCUCCUUUGGACUGAUAACCUGCUGUCUGCUGACAAUGUUGCCGCUGUUUGGUUCCUGCCAUCCGGCCCCGACCUCUGGGAAGCCCAGCCUGGUGUUCAUGGAGCAGUUCAGCCGCCUGGGAGUCAGAUUUAACUGGAGAAAUGUCACCUGCCCGCUGUGCAAAGCAGUCUUCACCAUCCUUGAUAUCGCCCUUCUGAGUGAUGCAAAUGAAGAGCGAGUGGCACACGCAGUUGGCGAGGCAUGUAUCCGCCUCCAUCUGGCUGAUGAGCAGGUGUGUCGAGAAAUAACAGAGCUGUUCAGGGAUGACUUCAUCCGGGCCCUGCAGGAGUCCCUGCUGUGGCCCAGUGAGGCGUGCGCCCUGCUGGUGGGACCUUCCUGUGGUAAAUUUGACAUCUACGCACCCUGGAACAUCACCUUGCCAAAAGUCCCUAAGCCCCCUGUUACGCCACCCUCCCCUCCCAAACCUGGAUCUCCACAGAGCAGGGUCUUGUUUUUAACUGACAUCCACUUAGACCAGGAGUAUCAAACCGGCAGCGCUGCAGACUGCAAGGAUCCUCUGUGUUGCCGUAAAGACUCAGGCUCUCCCAGCUGGAGGCGGAGAGAGGCUGGGUACUGGGGAACCUACAGUAAGUGUGACCUGCCUCUACGUACCGUGGAGAACCUCCUGGAAAAUGCGGCCAAAGCCGGACCCUGGGACUGGGUCUACUGGACCGGAGAUAUACCAGCACACAAUGUGUGGUCUCAGACCAGGAAACAACAGCUGUCAGAGCUUACAGUCAUCUCCAGGCUCAUCCACAAGCAUCUUGGACCUAAUGUGACCGUUUACCCUGCUGUAGGGAACCAUGAGAGCACCCCAGUGAACAGCUUCCCUCCGCCCUUCAUUCACGGCAACAGAUCUUCCUCCUGGCUCUACGAUACGAUGGCAGAGGAAUGGUCGGCGUGGUUACCAGAGCAGGCUUUGAAGACUUUAAGAUAUGGAGGAUUCUACACGGUGGAGAUUCAGCCUGGUCUCAGGGUGGUUUCUCUCAACAUGAACUUUUGUGCUCGAGAAAACUUCUGGCUGAUGGUGAACUCUACUGACCCUGCUAACCAGCUGCAGUGGCUAGUCCAUAUACUCCAGGCCAGUGAGGACAAGGGAGAGAAGGUACAUAUCAUCGGUCACAUCCCGCCUGGCCUUUGUCUCGGCAGCUGGAGCUGGAACUACUAUCACAUCGUCAACAGAUAUGAAAGUACAAUCACUGGACAGUUUUUUGGCCAUACACAUUUGGAUGAGUUCCAAAUGUUUUAUGACGAGGCAACCAUGACUCGCCCGCUGGGAGUAGCGUUCAUUGCUCCCAGUGUCACUACGUAUGUUAAUCUUAACCCAGGAUACCGUGUCUACUAUGUUGACGGGAACUACCGAGGCAGCUCUCGCCUAGUGCUCGACCACGAAACCUUCAUCCUGAACCUCACAGAGGCAAACCACCGCCCAGAGGCGCCCCUCAGCCCCGAACCGAACCCUAAAUGGACACUGCUGUACCGCGCCACCGAGGCCUACGGUCUUUCCAGUCUGUUCCCUUCUGAUUACAACGGACUGAUGCGGGCCUUCAUCAACAAUGACAGAGUCUUCCAAAAGUUCUGGUACUUCAGACAUAAAGGACACGUGUCGGAGCCCUGCAAGGAGACGUGCAAAACCACGGUGCUUUGCUUUCUGCGGAGCGGGCGCUACGAUGAGCUGGAGCAGUGCGACCUGCUCAGUGGUUUUGGAGGAAACUUGGUGAAGGCUGCCAGAAAAACUCUCUGUUGAUCUGAGGUUUGAAUGGGUGGGGAAGGGAAAAAGCAAUAGGACCAAAUAUGAAAUUGAGCCAAAAAAGUAAAUUUUUCCUGUUGCUGGUAGCUCAACAAGGAUCGCUAUAUGUUUGUUUAACAAAGUCACUUUGGCCAUUAUUCAUUACUGUAUCAGUUUAUGUGGAUUUCAUAAACCUGACAGUGAGUAUGAAGAGUUAUGCCUUUUGUUGCGUAUGCCAGUAAUGUUUUUACAAAGACAUGAAACUGAUUGUUUAGCAACAGGACUUGGGGUUGCCUGUUGCCGUUUUGCAAUGCCAAUGUUCUGUUUACGUGAAAUGCACAGAGCGGCUCGGGCUAAGUGGCUUGUUCAGAGUUGGUGGUCCUACUGUACUGGGUGCCUUGUGUCAGGGAAAAUUAUCAUAAACAUAUCCAUCCUCAACAACAUCAACUUUGAAAGUUGCAUAAAUGUUGGUGCACUACAACUUCAGAAUCAUUUUCACUGUUGAUAUCUUUGAGGAUGGAUUUCAUCAGGUUUUCUUCAUACAAGAAAGAUUUCUUCAACUGCUUUCUUGUACAUUUGGGACAUUGCGGAAAGUUUGCUUUAAAAGUGAGAACUAUGUGACCUUUUAACCUGUCCCACAAUGCAAUGUUAAUAUAACAUUUGUCAGGAUUUGAAGGUUGUAAAAUGAUUCAGUAGGCCACUUACUUUGUUGUGAAUAUUUAUCAGGACUGAUCAGUAUUUCUCACUGAGGUUUACUUCUGUCUGCACUUUAAUUCUUUUGUUGGCUAGUUAACUUUUAGGUUUGAUAGAGGGUACAUUUGAUAGACCCAGUGUGAUGAGCUUGGAAAUGUUCUCAGAUCGUCAUCUAUACGACCUGUGGUGUAACAUGAGCAUGACAACAAAUGCAAAGAAUGCAAUAAUUUAAAGAGAUUGUAUAAAUUAUGAAUAAAAGAUGGUAUCUCAUA